CCGUGUUGAUUUAUACAUUUUUUGAAAUCACAGGAUUAGAAUUCCGCAUCUCUUUAGUUAUAACAAUAAAUGUAUGUUUACACUUCUUAAUACUUCAUUGAAUUCUUGCACUUCGUCCAUUCCUCUAUGAACAUCCACAAUGUCGAUAGUUGUGAAAAAGCGCAAACGCGCUACUACAUUCGAUGAAAGCGGAAAUAAAACUAGAAAGAAAGGAGCACUUGUUAUACAAAGGAAAAUAAACCGAAGACUGACAUUGCUUGAAAGUUUACCUUACGAAUUGCUAACCAGAAUUUUUCUUUUGUCCAAAAACGAUAGUUUAGCUACUGUAUCUCCUGUUCUGUGGAAUCGACUAGGGAUCAAGGAGAAAAUACCUUCAUAUCUGUUCAUCGAUUUUACCCUAUGUAUGAAUCCCAAGAGUGUAAUCCUAGCAAUACAGCGUUCUUUACCUCGCCGAUACUUUACGUUGCAACUACUUAAUUAUAUAGAUGAGCUUGUGGCAGCAGGUUAUGUUCAGAAGAGUCAAAGGGAAGGACUUUUAAAUGGAAAAGUAAUUCAUGCAGGACACAAAGGACAUAUUCCACGGCGUAUAUUGUUUCAACCCAAUGCUCGGCAAUUCAUUGAAGAUUUAAAAACAAGAAACUUUUCGUUUAAAACUUCUACACUUACAAAUGGCUUUCUUAUUGGCUUGAAAAUGAAAGACUCAAAUCGACUCUCACAUGUUGGUCACCUUGUUUUUCAGGAAGUAUUGAAUAAAGAAGAAAACGAUGUUGAAACAGUUUUUCAACCUGCCUUUGAACAAUGCAUAAUAAAGGAUUCUGUAGACCUUUUAGAUAUUGUCUACGGUUUCUGGUUUAACCUUGCUCAGAUGCGUUGGACAAAGUUCCGCAUUGAUGGUUUUUUAGCUCAAUCUUUGGAAUAUGCUGUUUCUAGAAAGGCAACGAAUUCUGUACAUUAUUUAAUAGGAAAAGGCGCUAUACCUCAAUUGGCUACGCUACUUAAAUUUCAGUAAUGAGCUUGAUAAAAAAAAAAAGCCAUAGUACCUUUUCUACUCAUUCAUUAUACUAAACAUUUGGUAUGAUAACAUUUGUUUUAUCAAAAAUCGCGCUUAAUUUUCUUGUAUUAAUGAUUGCUCGUCUUUGCACGUGCAUUAUGUCUUUUUGUUUUCUUUCGGGGUUUGGGAUUAAUGGUUAAAAGAAACUAAUAGGAUUACAAACUAUCAUAAUUAACAAUGAAUUAUUUUUUUCAUGCUUUUAACGAAGUUGAAUGUUUAGAGAAGAGGCAAUUGCUUUUCGUAAGUUGUCUUGGAGCAAGUCAACAUCCUCGUUUUUUAAGGACUUUUCCAUACUUCUAUAAUUGACCCUGUAACAGAGACUUGUUUUUCCUGCUUUUGUUGUGUAUUGGUCAAUCAGGUCUACAGAUUCCACCAAAUCUUUGCAAACGUCUCUAAUGACUUCAAAGAAAUCAUUAGCUGUAAAGGACUCAUCAAUCCAAAAAGAUAUAUCCUUAUAGCAUAAAGGAUAUUUACUGUAAGGCUGGAAUGUAGUGAUGUUGUUUGGGGUGAAUUGUUUACAAAAGCGAUCGUCAGUGGUCCAAAAUAACCGAAUAUCAGGUAUACCGUAAAGAAUCAUUGCUAGACGUUCUAAACCAAUACCAAAGGCCCAGCCUACAUGAUUUUGGAUUCCGGCACGCGUCAGAAUAUUUUCACGAACAACACCGCAGCCUAGAAUUUCUAGCCAUGCUCCUUUCCAAAGAAUUUCAAGCUGAAAAGAUGGUUGCGUGAACGGGAAAGAGUCAUACGUCCAUCGGUAACGAACCUGACUUUUAUCAAGCCCAGUAUCUGGAGUCAUUAAAACUAAAUUAUGAAUUGCAAGGGUCAAGGAAUUUUUCAGGUGAAUGGAUACAAGCUCAGUUUCUUGGGAAGAAUAACCAGCCUGUAAGUCAUCAUGGUUUUCUAAGGUUGCUUCAUCAAUUACAAGUUCCUCCAAAUUUUUAUCGAGCUUUACCGACUCAACAUCUUUCAAUAUGCUUUCUCUAUCAUUCCGAUCCCAUAAAUAAGCGCCUUCCAUUUGGUGAAAAAUAGGAUAAUGACUAGCAUCUACCUCGUCACGUCGAUAUACAUCGGCGGUGAUUAGGAAGCCUUUCUUUGACAUUUUACUUUCAGCAAGUUUCUGAAACUCUUCCAAUUGAUGAGCCGAAGUAUGCGUUCUCAAGCAUGUAUCUUUGUUGACAUAGUAAGUGUCCGAUUUACUCCUACUAACAUGUGUUUUUGGAAUUCCUAAAGAGUCGAAAUUGGUGAUAGUAGAAACAACUGGUGAAUCUUUCUCGACGAAAUUGAUAGGCUUCCCUUUAAAUUGCUGCUGUAAUAACUCACGAAGGCUGCAUAGAGGAUGUCCGCUUUGCAAAAACAGUCGUCGGCCCUGUUUGGCUUUUAUGUGUUCAGGUAUAUUUGACCAUGCAUCCAAGGUGUUAUAGCUUCUUCUACAAAAAAAAUUUAUCGACUUUGGUAGCGAA